AAUGUUGAUCUCUGUUUCAAUUCUUUUUUGGUUCACUUACCUCCCAGUUGCCGUAUGGUUUUUAUACUUUAAGGCACUAGGUUAUAUGGAUGCGUCGGCUCAUCCAGAAGAUUUGGAAUUUGCCAAAAUGGGUCAUACAAUUUUAACGCUCAUCAGUUUUGCAAAUACGGCCGGAAAUUUCUUCUUAUAUUGCUUAACUGGUCAAAGAUUCCGGCAAGAGCUUGGCGAAAUGUUGGGUAUAAAGCGUAAUUCAAAGGUAAAAGAGGUUGGUAACUCUUCAGUAAAAACAGUUUCUCAAAAAUUAUAA